ACAAACAGUGCCUUCUUAAAACGUAGCUUUUCUCUUUGUGUUUACGAAUCAACGUCAUUUAAUUCGGAGGAAAUUGACCUCCGUCACUGCGCAUGCGUAUAGGAAGUCUUCUUUAGUUUUUUUACAAUUUACGUUCGAGAAACAGUCAAAAUGUCUGGUACUGACCUUUCUCGAAGCCCUUAUGAACAAGGAGAGUUAGCUUCUAGUCCAGAAAGACAUAUGUUGGAUCCAGAUGAUGAAGAUGAGGAGGACGACGAUGACAAACAGAGCCUCGUUUCUUUUUCAGUGCAUUCAAAGGAAGCCCUUGACGAAGAUGACUAUCUUAAGGACAACAAAGACGAUUACAUGGAUGACAGCGAGUCGUUAGACAUAAAGCCUCCGCAGGCUCAUGCUAUGAAGAAAGAUAAACACAAACAUAAACACAAAGAAGAACGGUGGCGAGAACGAAAUAGCAGACAUGAAAAAGAAAGGGACAGAGACAGGCUACACAUGCGGUCUGCAGGUAAAGAUCGGCAUGCUCAUGAACUGCAGCGUCAACAGGACAAGGAGAAAGAACGUGAACGACGUCUGAAAGACGAGGUACGAGAAGCACGCAAACGAGAGGAAUCUAGACGAGAAAGAUGCACAUAUCAAAGGCUCCCAACCAAUCUAGAUCGUUCUUGCUUAGAGUCCAGCUCUCGCAGCCAAAUAAGGCAACGCUCCAGAUUAGGAGACCGUUUGGAGAGACUGGAGUUUGAACGGAGAGUGAGGGAACAGCGAGAGAUACGAGAGCAGCAGAAGGAACGUGAAAGGCAGGCUCGAAAGAAAGAGGAAAGAAGGAACCAAGCAUUGCGUAAUGAAGAAAUGGAACGGGCAGAGCGGCGUCGGUUGAAACGGCACUUCCGAAGUCGAAGUCCAAGUCGAGAAAGUCGACACCAUGACCAUUUGAAUCGAUGGGAUGCAAAGGCACGGCCCAGAAAGAGAUCUCCUGAUGAACAGCAAGCCCAUUCUCCGAUUGGACCCCAUACUCCAGAUGAAGUGGACGACACUAAUGUGGAAAUUCCAUCUGAUGGUUCAGAGGAGCCAUACGAAAUUAGGCCUGCUGAACCAGUAUAUGUUUCAGAAAUCAGUGAGGCAUCGCAUUCAGAUUCAGAAUCAGAUUCACGAUCACCAAGUUCAGCAUCAAGCUCCAGUAGUGAAGAUGAAAUAAUAAACAAUGAUUGCAGUGUCGUUGAAAGUCGCAAUAUCAAAUACCAUCCUAUUUCUUCUGAAAAAACAGGUCUCAUUCUGGAAUCAGAUCCUAAGUCUAAAUUUGAUGACCACUCAGAAAAUGAAAGUGGUACCGAUUCAGUGCAGCCCUCUGAACAUGAAGAAACACCUUUCAGGGAGGGAAGUCCACCUGCGUCCCCCAUCGAGGAUGACUCAGACCUGCCCCCCUAUCUGCCGGCCAUCCAGGGCUGUCGCAGUGUGGAGGAGUUUAACUGUCUGAAUCGAAUCGAGGAAGGUACCUAUGGUGUGGUCUACAGAGCUAAAGACAAGAAAUCUGAUGAAAUUGUCGCUCUGAAAAGAUUAAAGAUGGAGAAAGAGAAAGAAGGCUUCCCUAUAACAUCUUUGAGAGAAAUUAAUACCUUAUUGAAAGCUCAACACCCAAAUAUAGUCACAGUCAGAGAAAUUGUUGUUGGUAGUAACAUGGACAAGAUCUACAUAGUGAUGGAUUAUGUGGAACAUGAUUUAAAAGGCCUAAUGGAAACUAUGAAACAACCAUUCCUUGUUGGUGAAGUGAAAACACUGAUGCUCCAGCUCCUCAAAGCUGUAGCUCACCUCCACGACAACUGGAUAUUACAUCGAGAUUUAAAGACAUCAAACUUGUUACUGAGUCACAAAGGAAUUCUCAAGGUUGGCGAUUUUGGUCUUGCCAGAGAAUAUGGAUCCCCAUUGAAGCAUUAUACACCAGUUGUAGUUACCUUAUGGUAUAGAGCACCUGAGUUACUGCUGGGCACCAAGGAAUACACAACAUGCAUUGAUAUGUGGUCAGUUGGAUGUAUUAUGGCUGAAUUUCUCACUAUGAAGCCAUUAUGGCCAGGCAAAUCUGAAGUUGACCAGCUGACCAGAAUUUUCAAGGAUUUGGGAACACCAAAUGAAAAAAUCUGGCCUGGUGUUAGUGAACUGCCUGUGUUUCGCAAAGUCAACUUUGGGGAAUAUACCUACAACAAGCUACGUGUACGUUUUGGAUCCUACCUCACAGAUUUGGGAUUUGAUCUCCUUAACAAAUUUCUCACGUUUGAUCCUUCCAAAAGAAUAACAGCUGAAGAAGCCAAAUCUCAUGAAUAUUUCAAGGAAUCGCCAGCCCCUGUAAGUCCUUCGAUGUUUCCGACAUGGCCAGCUAAAAGUGAGCAACCACGUAAACAUGGUAACUCCCCAAAACCGCCAUCUGGUGGCAAGGCAUAUGCCAAGUUAAUUGAAGAAGGCUGUGAUGAGGCUGCAAUUCCUGGAGGGUUCCACAUGGCGACUGCAGCGAAAGGUGUAUCAGCUGUUGGGCCUGGCUUCAGUCUCAAGUUCUAAAUCUGCUAACUAUUCUAUGCAUCUUCAUAUUUCAUUAUUGCAUUCACCAAAAAUGUUUCUGAGAUUCUUCUCAAAGACAUCUUAUCAUCUUUGUUCUUCUUGUCAUCCAUUCUUUGACCAUCUUUCUUUUUUUUGUAUUCAUCCAUCUUCUUUAUCCACUCUUAUAUUCACCAUAUUGGUUGAGUUUUCAAUAUUUGUAUCAUAUUAAAGAAUUAUGAAAAAUAUUAUUAAAUAAAUAAUGGCAUUUUGUAA